GUGGAGCCGAUGGUGCGUGGCCAGAGUGCCCCAGCGAUCAGGUCACAGGGACGGGGUGCGGGAGCGAGCUCCCCAAGCCCAGGCCGGCGACCCAGGCUUGCUAUCCCGGUGAUGCCAUAAACACCGCGGUGCAGUGGGGAGGCUUUGGAAAAGCCGGCAUUUGCGGGGAGUUGCCCGGGAAGAGCUUAUUCCAUGUCGGAGCAGCAUCGGCACCCCCGCCCCGUGCCGCCCGCUCCCCCGGCACCCCGGCCAGCGCAGGAGAGCAGAGGCACGGCCCAGCGCCAGCGGCGCAGGCAGAGGAAAAGGUGACCAGGAUGCUGUGGCAUGGGAAGCCCUGGAGGUCCAUGUGCAAGGGGCUGGUCCUGGGGACCCUCCUGACCAGUUUCAUGCUGCUGCUCUACUCCUACGCCGUCCCCCCGCUGCAAGUCAGCAUCACUGAGAUCCCCAUCCCCUUCUCCUGCUCCUCCCACCUGUCCCCCGUCCAGGCUCCAUCCCCGUCCAACAGCACGGGCAGCACCUCAGGGUGGAGCUGCCGGCCCAAGCUCAACGUCAUGUUCAUGAAGACCCACAAGACCGCCAGCAGCACCAUCCUCAACAUCCUCUUCCGCUUCGGGGAGAAGCACCGCCUGAAAUUCGCCUUCCCCAAUGGCCGCAACGACUUCUACUACCCGUCCUUCUUCGAGCGCAGCCAGGUGCAGCACUACCGGCCUGGGGUGUGCUUCAACAUCAUCUGCAACCACAUGCGCUUCCACUACGAGGAGGUGCGCAAGCUCCUGCCGUCCGAUGCCACCUUUGUGACGGUGCUGCGGGACCCCGCGUACCUCUUCGAGUCCUCCUUCCACUACUUCGGGCCCGUCAUCCCCCUCACCUGGAAGAUCUCGGGAGAGGAUAAGCUGGACGAGUUCCUCCGGGACCCCCAGCACUACUACGACCCCAAUGGGUUCAACGCUCACUACCUCCAAAACCUCCUGUUCUUUGACUUCGGCUACGACAGCAGCAUGGACGCCAACAGCCCGCUGGUGGAGGAGCACAUCCAGGAGAUCGACCGCCGCUUCCACCUCGUCAUGUUGCUUGAGUACUUCGACGAGUCGCUGGUGCUGCUCAAGGACCUGCUGUGCUGGCAGCUGGAGGACGUCCUCUACUUCAAGCUCAACGCCCGCAAAGGCUCCACUGUGUCCCGGUUGACCCCUGAGCUGUACGAGCAGGCAACCGCCUGGAACCUCAUCGACGCCAAGCUCUACCGCUACUUCAAUGCCACCUUCUGGCGCAAGGUGGAGGCCUACGGGAGGGAGAGGAUGGCCAGGGAUGUGGCUGAGCUGCAGCGAGAGAAUGAGAAGAUGACCAGCAUCUGCAUUGAUGGGGGCCAUGCUGUGGACGCUAGUGCCAUCCAGGAGUCCUCCAUGCAGCCCUGGCAGCCCCUGGGGGAGAAGACCAUCCUGGGGUACAACUUGAAGAAGAAGAUCAGCAAGAAGCACCAGAAGCUGUGCCGCAAGAUGCUGACGCCCGAAAUCCAGUACCUGACUGACCUGGGGGCCAACCUCUGGAUCACCAAGCUGUGGAGCUACGUGCGGGACUUCCUCAAAUGGUAGGGGCUGGCAGGUGCCCCGCUCCCCUGGGGAAGAACCAGGUGCUUUCAUUUUUCUUACUCAUGGUUCUCUUGGUUUGGAACUGGCUGGAGGCUCUGGAGCCUGGGAACUUUUGGGGGGAUCCUCCAUCACCUUCCUGCAGAGCCCCAGCUUGGGCAGGAGAGCGGAGACUGCCUCCGACAGCGGGGUCAAGGACUGGGGCCUCAGGGGUGGUGUUUUCCUGCAGGAUCCACUUCUUCCUUCCCCACGGAAAGGCUGGAGGAGGGAUUUGUGAAGGAUGUGGCCUCGUCACAGCGGGAGCAGGACAUCUAUCACCAGGUUGCUGGGUGCAGGCAGGGAUGUGCUGGGAUAGCAGUGGCAGACGGUCCCCUUGCCCGGGGUGGGCAGAGAUGCCCACAGGGAACUCGACCCUCCAGGGGCUCCUCAAAUCACCCUGCUGGUUUUGGGGUUGUGAGAGUGUCAGAACCUGCUGCACUGCUCCAGCCCAUGGGUGUGAUGAGUGCAGCACCUUCUCAGCCCGCCCACAGCCAUCACUCCAUGGCAGGCUGUGACCCAGGGCCACCCGGAGCCAUUUGGAGAUUGGGAAACCCACCCCAAAAACCCCAGCCUUUAUCAACAAGUUCCCAUGGCAAAGGGCACCCCCUCCCCGCCCCCCAUCAUCCUGGUUAGAGGGCCCCAUGGCCCACAGGGGACAUCCCAAAAGGCCAACAUGGUCUAGUGACAACUGGCGUGGGGAGGAGAUGGGAGUGGGUGCAGUGGGACUGUCCCCGUGAUGCCAUCCUGGGCACAGUGGGGAUCCUGAGGGCAGGGGGAUGGCCCCCCCAGUCCCCACCGUGCCUUGGGGACAAACCUUGUGCGUCCCAGCUGGGCUGGAUGACACUGGUGACACCGCGUCCUGCUGAGAGUGGCCCUGGCUGGGCACAGAGGUGGCACCUGUGGCUGAGCCUCCCCCCCAGCACAAGGACCUCCUUGUCCCCCCACCUGUGUUUGGCUCCUUCUGUAAAGACCAGAAAUAAAAAAAACAAUUUACUUUUGUAA